CGCUAAUCUCUUCUUCUUCUCUGACUGAGUUUUGAUAAUUCGUCGACGAUCAAAUUUCUGGAGAUCUGACUAACAAUUUUCUCUUAAUCUUCGAAAAGGACAUGGCAACAUUGGCACCAGGUCAUGCUGUUUCGUAUUCUUGGAAGAGGGGCGGCUGCAAUGGAGUUCCUUUACCAUAUUUGAUCCGACCUCGUAGGAUAUUUCCCCCUAUUGAUACGUUUCCCUUCUACAACGAUUCAUCUGAUGAUGAAGGUGACUCAUCAAUGAAUGUUGUUGAAUCCUCCACUUUGGACGACAAAGAUGUUUCGGCAGGUCAUUCAGACGACGAAUAUGUAGUCGUUGACAAAGCUGAAGCUAUUAUGACCAAUUCUAAAACAGAGAAACCAGGAGCAAUUCAAAUGAUGGAACUCUCAAAGGAUACAGUUGGUGAUGAUGAGUCUGGAGCCAAAGAUGCUGGAUACAGCAGCGAUGAGUGGGUGGUUGUGUAAAUUAAGAGGUGCAAUCAGAAUUUCAGUGUUCGAGUUUGGGGUUUUAGGACAAUGCAAUUAGUUUACUUUUGUCUCUUUGAGAUAUUUCUUAUCCGUUGACAUUUUUGUGAAG